AUGACGCAAUUUACGACUCUUUUUUCUCUCAUCGCUAUGCACCAAGGUGGAGUAAAGCAGACGGGAGCGGCCAGAGCAGUAGCAGGGCGGCAGAAGAAGCCCAGCGGGAAAGCCGCAGCAGAGCAGGGCAGGCGGGCAGAGGAAUACCGACGACUGCGCGCGUUCUUCCAGGAAGUAGAUGAGUUUGAGAUGGAGGAGGAGGAGGAAGAGGAGGCGGAGGAGGAGCGGGAGCAGCUGAACAAGUGGGUGGAUAAGGGGAGGGCGAGGGAUGAGGGAGUUGAGAGUGUGCUGAAUGCGUUUCAGGGGUGGUGCUGGUAUGUUCCGCCUUCGGGGGAUGGUGGUGCGGAAGAGGAUGGGGGAGGGGAUGGGGGAGGGGAUGGGGGACGGGAUGGGGGACGGGAUGGGAGAGGGGAUGGGGGACGGGAUGGGAGAGGGGAUGGGGAUGGGGGAGUUGGGGGCGACUGGGUGCCGGAGUUUAUGGCUAGGGAAGCUGGGCUGCUGGGUGCACUGCGGAGGGUGGAUGAGGAGGAGGAUGAGGAGGAGGAGGAAGAGGAGGAAGAGGAGGAGGAGGAGGAAGAGGAGGAAGAGGAGGAAGAGGAGGAAGAGGAGGAAGAGGAGGACGAGGAGGAAGAAGGAAGAGGAUGUUUUGAGGAAAAGACAGGAGAAGUGCAACAGGAGGAGGAGGAGAAGGAGGAGGAGGAGGAGGAGGAGGAGGAGGAGGAGGAGGAGGAGGAGGAGGAGGAGGAGGAGGAGGAGGAGGAGGAGGAGGAGGAGGAGGAACAUGCAGGCGAGGCUACCAGGGCAGAGAUCUCAUUUGACGCAUACCUCUACUCACAGCUCAGCAGCCUCAAGCUGUCUGACACUGACAGUGUCCCCACAACCGCUAGCCCUGGUGCAAUGGGCAGCACACCGAGAGGUGGGACAGGUUCAGGGCCAGAGGUAGGUUCAGAGCCAGAGGGGGGAAUGGCAGGCGCUGUGACAGCCGUAGGAGCUGUUGGAAUAGCAGGGAUUUCUCCAAGCAGUGGGGCAGGUGUGCCUGCCAGCACUGCUGUUGGUGAGAGCCGGGAAGGGCAGGCAAGGGAGGAGGGAGACACGGGGAGUGCGGGCAGGUGGAGGAGAAAGGACGGUGGAGCAGAGGGGAAGGGUGAAGAGAGCACCGUUGUGCAAGAGUGCUGGGGCGCUGGAGAAGAGAAAAGAGGGGAGGAGGGGGAGAGUACCGUUGUGAAAGGGUGCUGGGGCGCCCAAGGUGGGCGACUGGAGGAGGAGAGCGGUGGGGCGAAACCCGAGAGUGGCUAUAACAGAGGUGCCUUUAGCGAGCUGUCAGCUGGAAAUGAGUGUGUGGUAGAUGGGCCGGAGGGGCAAGGGCAUUCACGAAGUGAAGGGGAGGCGAACGUGGCAUCAUCAAAGGAGGUGUGUUCAGAGGAAGUGGCUUCAGUAGGGGCAGGUGAGGUGGAGAGGGAAGAGACUGAGGGGGUGCCGCAUGGGUUGGAGGCACGGCAUAGACUAAGGGAGUCGUCUGGUGGUGGCAGCACCCUGCUGCUAGAUCCUGAUGACUUUGCUGAGGGCGAGGUGUGUGGUGUGGUUGAGAGGGGUGACGAGAGGGUGGGGAGAUGUGAGAGUGAAGGGCUAGUGGAGAGUCUUGCUGGUCUGAGUCUGCAUGGGGGUGGUGUGGGAGAGAUGGAGAGUGCUGGUGAGGAGACAGCAGGAGAGGAGGGGGGUGAGGACGUGGUUAAAGUGGAGGGGAAGGUAGGCACACGGAAGACCAGAGCACGUCCAAAAGCAGAAAGAGCCGGCGGAGCAGGCGGAGCAGAGAGAGCAGGAGGAGAAGAGGCAGGUGGGGUGCAGGCGCGGGCAUUGACAAAGGCAAGGGGCAAGGGGAGGAGCAAGUCGAGUGGUGAAGGGGAUGAGGGGCAGAAGGGGGCAGAAUUGACGGCACAGGCUGGGGACGAGGGACGAGAGCGUGGUGGUGACACUGUGUCAGGCAGCAGCAGCAUUGAUGCACGCUACAGCAGAAGAAGCUGCAGCAAUGAGGCGGGGAGCAGCGUUGCUUGUGGAGCGAGCAAGGAGAGGGCACCAGGGGCAGACGAGCAGAGCGUGAAGGAGGAAGGUGAUACUGGCGGAGAGGAUGUGGGUCAAAGUGAAAAGGAGAGCGGUGAUAUUGCUGGAGGGGAAGAGGUGGAGGCGGAGGAGGAGGAGGACGAGGUGGUGGAGGUGGAGGAGGAGGAGGAGGAGGAGGAUGAUGGGCUGCGUGCGUUGCUUGCUGCCUGUCGCCAGCCGCACAUGUGCUCCAUGGAGCAAGCCAUUACUAAGUUCUGGUGA